CAGAUAUAUUUGCAGAAGACAAGUUGACACAGAUCUAAUUUAUAAUUUGCUCACACCUUUGAAACUUGACCAUUAAUGGCCAGCAAAUCGUGAAUUAUGUAUAUGCAUUCUGCCUUCUUGUUGUCCACAAUGUCAAUCACCAUCUUGCCAAGAAGUAAGAUAAACUUGACACGAGAAACAAAUAUAUCAGUCAUGGAAGCAGCUCAAUAAACAUGUCGUAUAACAAUGAAAAUUACUUGCAAGAUAAAUAAAACAUUCACCUCCAACCGAUUAGGAAAUCUCAUUUGAACACUCUGAAUGUUAAAACUCUUAUCCACCAAGUAGCAAUCUUCCAAACUUAUAAUCAUCAUGUAGGGUUUCCCAACAUGGUUAAAGGACGCAUAAUAAUGAGAGGUUGAAUCCUUUAGUACUAUGCUCAAGUUAUCACUGUAUAACAAACAAACAAAAACAUGAGUGAAACUAAUAGAAAUUCACAAGCAAAAGCAACAUCAAAACCAUAUUAUGUCAAAUCGGGUCAAAGAGCGUGGCUCAAACAAUUGUGCAAUUUCUCUUUGCCUCUGAAAUAAAAUGUUAAGUUGUUAGUAUUUCGUUGUUAGCCAAAACAAAUAGUGGAGAGAAUAAAUUAUGGCAACCACAGUAACAUUCGAAGAUAUGCUCAUAGCAAGUCUUCUUCAGUUUAGUGGCCAGCUCUCGACUUAUUGGAGCUCCCAAAGGAUUGGUAUUCACCAUCUUAAGACCUUGAGAUGUAACUUAGACAGUAUCAACUCAAAAUCAUCAAAAGCGACCUAGAAAGAAGUUAGCAACAGUACAUGAAAGUAUUGAAGAGGAUCUUCACCCAACAUUAACCUAAGGAGAAAAUGAGAUAGUAGAAGCACUUCAUCUUUAACUAUUUUACUAAAUCGAUCCAUUUUAAUGACUAAAGUGGUCUCUAGUUAUCAAGUCUACAUAAUAAUAGAGUUGCUGAACCACUCAACCAGAAUACAAGGCUACUACACAUCUUCUCCUAGUUGGGGAUGAAGAGAUUUAGGAAAAAGAAGCAGUACCAAGGAAACGAUACUAGUUUCUUAUCUAAUUUACUAAACCAAGCAGUUUCAGUACUGCAGCUAACUCGAGCUGCGAACUCCACCUAUGAAGAGACUCGGAGAUUAUAACGAUCGAACUCCAGCAGGAAAACAAGAGUGGAAUACAUAAAACCUACGCCUGCUAUGAACUCGACCUUUUAUAAAAACAGGUAAGCACCUACUACAUUCCACAUUUGAAGAUUUAGUUAGUAGAAAUGCAUAUACACCAUCAUCAAAUUGACAAGUAUCCACUCAGUGAUCCAUAUCCAUGAAAACAUAAUCAAGUUACCAUCAGCAACACAGAGUUGCUUAAAAAUCAGCAUGAAUCUAUUUCCUUGCCCUUUACUAACCUGCAGUUGCUGCAAUUGAACACCAGCAGAACAGCUGCAGUCAUACAGGCUACCCACAUUCCUAAGAACAGUUUCUAAUCUGAAUGAUACAUGGAAACACCAGACAAGCUUUCCUUAGACCAGCAGAUUUGCAUACAGUCUUCUGAACAAAGAACAGGAACAAUCCAUUGUAUAUAUGAUGCUACCCAGAAUCCACCAGCUCAAACAUUGACUACCCCAAUCCCUCCUCAACCCAGUCUGAGGCUCGAGCCCAGCUCCAUCCCCAGCUUGCCCCAGCAAGCCAUUGGAGGUAGAUUUUCGUAAGUAUGUGAACAAGCGACUUUCUUGUAAGAACUGCAGGGGUACUUUCAUUGUUGUGGACUCCAGUUACUGGAUCGUUUCCCUACAAUCCUUGGACUUAUGUCGCUACUGCAAAUGGAUACCCAAAUUACAAUGGGGUUUCUUGUAUCCCCACCACGACGAAUACUACGAUGGGGUUUUUUCCUUUCAUGCAUAUCAUUAUCCCCGAAUCAUGUUCUUAGUUCUAAAUAGUUAUCAUUCAAAUUUAACAAGAAAAAGGAAUCUCACAAUUUAUGAAUCAAUUAAGUGCUUGAAAAAUACACAUUGAUCGAUCCAUGAAAUAAUUGACCGGUGGAAUUGCAUUACCACUGCACAGUUGAUAUCAUACUCGUAUCAUGUAUCUUUUUUUCAAUUAAUUGUUGUUAUAUUACCAUUAUCUUUGGUAUAUUAGUCUAUAGUUAGCUCCUUAGCCUAACCUCUCAAGUAGUUUCAUUUUAUCUCUGGACUUUAUUAAUCUCAAUGGGGUGAGCACUAAUCAGUAGCGGACCCAGAAAAUCUUACAAGGGUGUUCAAGAAUAUAACACAAACUUAAUCUAUAUUACGCACAAUGUCAUUUUUUCAAUAACAAAUCAUAUGUGUUUUCACAUUUUGAAAAUUUUGAAAAUUAUAUUUAUUAUUUAUGUCAUGACUCGCAAUGCAGUCAAAAUUAUGAUUCUAUGUAAAAGAGUUUUGGUGACCUAGAGUAUAGAUUCUGACUAUACUUGUAAAUGAAAAACGAGAAUCUACAUAGAAUCAUUUUGGUGACCUAAAAGUGUAAAAGGUAAGAACGUAAACGUUUAAGUUUUAAAGCACGAUUUGGACUAUGACUCGUAUCUCUUUCAAUAAAUGCAGCCAAUAAAUCACAAGGUUUCGAUAAUAAAAAAAUGCAGCCAAUAAAUCACUGACAUAUUGAUAUCUCAUCCUAUGAAAAUUGAGAUAGAAUAGAGUUGUUAAGAGAGCUUUUUCAAAGAGGAAUAAAAAGAAUUAACGAAAGAAUUGAAUUUGAAAUAAUUAAUAUAUUUGUAAAUUAAUUCACGUUGUUCAAAUACAAGUGGUAACAAAUACAUUAGUUUGGAGUUUAAAAGAAAGACGCAAUUAUAAAUUACAAGGGUUGUCAAAUAAUAUAGUGUUUAAUACUAACAUGAUGAACAAUAAAUAUUUCCACUACUUCUUAAUCCUAAAUAAGAGCUAAGGUUAAUCAAUUGAAUACCCUUAGCAUAACAUGGGUCCGCCACUGGCAUUAAUCAAUGGUGUACCUUAAUUAAUUGAAUGUCUGACUUCAUGUUACUUAAACUCUUUUCUCAUAGAUGCUUCUGUUGUAUUCGGCGCCCAGGCCAUAGGUGUAUUAUCCUGAUUGCUAUUUGGUUCUAAUCGAGCAUUAAUCGUCAUAAGUUGAUUUAGAUUGGAUUAGUUGAGAUGAACUUAUCUAGAAUGAUAGGGGUGAUUUGUUAUGAAUUCAGAGUCUUCAAUGAAGACUAGUUUUCUAAGUAUCUUUGUUUGUGAGUAGCUUUUUCGGUAAUUUAAGGUGGACCAAUUGUGUUUUGUCAUUUUAUUUUAGCUAUUAUAUGGGUUACCCGCGGGUACCCGUUAUCCGUCUGGUACGGGUAAUGGGUAUCCGUUAACCAAUAAGAGUUUGGGACAUGGGAUGGAGUUCCCUCUUCAAAUGGGAACUAGCUUUUUACCCGGCCUGUUAGCCGGUGAGUUUCAUUUUAUCAUUUAUAUUAAUCAAUUUAUCUAUAUGUUUAAACUAUUUUGGAUCUUCUACAUUUUUUACAUUUGCAUUCAUGCGUGAGUAUGCAGUGCGUCUGUAAAUUAAAAAUUCUCAAUGCUUAGCAUGUUCACUUAUUAUAUUUCAAUUCUCUGAUCAUAAAUCAUGUCACAAAGAUAUAUCACGAUACUCAAAUGCGUGAGUAUGUGGUGCGUCUAUAAAUUAAAACAACGAUACUCAAAUUUUUUUAUCUUAUACAAUAUAUGUCAUUCAAUGAAUCUCGAGUUUAAACAAACUCUCAACCAAUGAUGUUGCUCAGAUGACGACAACUUAGUUAGAAUGUUUUUAUAAAGGUACUUCAAUAUUAGGUAAAUUUGGUCAUCCCAAUUGAAAGUUUAUUGUCUUAUUGUAAGAUCAUAUUUGUCGAUCAAGACACUCAAUUUAAUAUCUUAUACAAUAUGUACCAAUUGUUAAUUCCUGAAGUUUAAUUUAGACUCACUCUCAACGAAUGAUCGUUGUUUAGAUGUUGGUUUAGAAUCUCGGUCCAAGAUACUCACACACUGUCGAGGGUUCUAAUCUUAACAUGGUCCAUUGGUGUAUAAUUUUCUAACUUAUCAAAUAUGCAUUUGCUUAAACUUAUACUAAUACCUUCAGUUUGUUGGUGUAAUGCCACAUCUAUUGUCAAUAUCUAAGCAUGAUACUAUACUCUAAGUAAGAACAUGCUAUUUGGACCACGAAUUAACCGGAUUUGUGGGCAUGAUACUAUACCCUAAUUCUUGAUGAGUGAACCCUAUGUCUUAGUUAUAUAAAUCAUAGAGCUUAACCCCUAAGAUUGUGCAUGUAAUAUGUUGCAUAUAUUUUGACGAAGCAUGACCGUUGAUUUUUGUUUAUAAUUAAAUUGAUCUUAGGGUAUGAGAUUUAUGAAUUUAAGACCUAGAUUUUAAUCUUGAAGGGUUUGAGAAUAAUACCAUAUGCCAAACUCCAGUCAAUUCAAGGUCUAGAUAUCAUUUUCUUACUCAAAGUAUGUUAUAAUAUACAUAUAUAAAUAUAAAGAGUUUAAUGUAUUUCUAAGUGUAAUUAACACCUUUGUUUGACCGAAAUAUGUAAACUAUUAAGAAAAAUAAGGGGAAAUAUGAACAAAUGUAAGAGAAAAUAAGGUAUGGAAGCAUGCAUUAUAAGAGAGAAGAAAAGUUGUUUUUCUUUAUCGCCUUCAUUUGUAUAAUCAUGUACUAUAUUAUGACUUCGUCAAGUUUCUAUCUAAAUGAAAAACAACUUUUGAAGCAUUUUGCUAUUUAAUACUUGUUUUCAUUAAUAGAUACAAACAUUAGAAAAAGAUAGUGUUUGAUAACCAAAACAUAAAAUUAUAUAGUUGGUUUUUCAAAUUCAAUUAAUUAUUAAAUGUUGAUUAUCUAAACUUCACUGUAUUAAGUUCUAAUAAAAAUUAAAAUUAAAA